AUGGACGUGAACGUUUUAGGAUCACAUGCCAGCCGGCUUGUUGCUCGAGCUGGUGGUCUACACCCUCCACCAGAAGUUCUCCUCAGUUGGCCCAAACCAAAUUAUGUCGACCCAGAGGAAAGAGGUUGGGGGACACCAAUCGUGCUCAUGGUGUUCUUGGGUAUAUCUUUCCUCGUAUACUGCGCGCGGAUGUGGGCAAGACUGGCUAUAUCAAAGAACACUGGACUGGACGAUAUACUGGUGAGCAUAGCAAUCCUGCCGCUAUUUGGUUUGACCAUUUCCACUGUACUCGGCAUUCGCAUCUAUGGCUUUCAAUGGCACGUCUGGGACCAGACUAGGGAGACCUUAGUCACGACACGAGAAAUCGCCAUGGCAAUCGAACUCAACUACAUGUUAUCGACAACGUUGGUCAAGGUGUCAAUCCUCUGCUUUUACCGCCGUAUUGGCGAUCGUCUUACAAACCAGUUCAUCUACUGGGUCUAUGGUACCAUCGUCUUCUGCAUCGUCUACGGAAUCGUCUUUACCUUCGCCAUCGUCUUCACAUGUACACCAGUAGUGGGAUUCUUCCGCCUCUUCGACAUCGCCUGGAGACUGCAGCAUGAGUUGACAUGCCGCAACGAGGGCGCCCUGAUUGUCGCAUGCGCAGCCAUCUCGUCCGUACAAGAUUUCGUCAUCUGCAUGCUACCAAUACUCUUGAUUUGGAACCUGAAGAUUGGCAAGCGUCAGAAAAUGGGGUUGUGCGCCAUCUUUGGCUUGGGAAUGAUAACAUGUAUCUGUGGUAUUCUGCGCACGUUCUACGCCACAAAGCUUUACUACUUCACCUACGAUAUCACCUGGACAGCAUACUCUGGUUGGGUUUGGACAACACUCGAAGCCCAACUAGCUGUCAUCUGCGCCUCAGGUCCCUCACUCAAGGUCUUCUUUAUCCGCUACUUUGGCACAGAUACCACAAGGGUCGGAUACUCUCAGACUGGCACACCAAGCAAGUCCUUUGGCCCGUCAUCAAAAACGAGGUCCGUUGGAUUUGACGCGAAGAUAUCCCAACACUCAGCGCAGCAAUCGCAAUGCACUGCUGGUUCGAUUUGCGACGAUGUCCCGCUGGAGGGCAUUCAUAUCAAUCAUAAGUUGGAUGUCAAGGUAGAAGAAAGGGAUGAUUGUAGUCAAGUCAGCUUCGCCAGUACGAAGGCUCUCACCGCUUUACCAAUGCCGACACAGCCAGGGUGGCGGGGAAGGGCAGAUUGGGUCGAUGGCUGCAGGACGGUCUGCGCGGCGCUCCGUCCUGGUAGCAGAGGCACGUCAGGGAGUCGCAGCCGGACUCGUGAGGGUGACGUCGAGGCUGGCAGCGCAUUUUGA